CGGAAGUACCGCCAAGCACGCAUCAUUCUUCAAAAGGACAGGGAAGGUUGCCGGAGAGAGUAGAGAGGGCAGACACUCAGCAGAGAAAGAUUCACCAUGGCAGCAACUAUUAAUCAAGCCAGGUCGGGGCUUUUCAAAAUGUUUAAGAGUGAGCGGUACAGCAGCUUCACUCUGCAGUCAGAUGGAGAGAGAGACGGAGGGAGCCACUUGGAGGUGAAGCUGUCUGAUGUCAUAGAUGACCACGCCCCCUCUGAGCAGGCGAGCCAACCAGGGGGCUCGCACUCCUACAGGCCCCGCCCCCAGCGGAACUACUGCAAAGUGUGUUACCUGGCCCUUGGAACCCUCUUCAUCUUCAUCAUCGGUUAUCUGAUUGGCUAUGUGAGCCACCGUUCUCCUCGCCAGGAGCCAAUCCCUUGUGAUUCUGAGCAGGAAGUAAGCGUGGCUGAGAUGGCUGUAGUAGAUUCCGCUCUAUCCUGGACCGACAUCACCAGCAUGCUGGCACAGAAACUGACUCCUGACGCCUUCAACAGCAGACUGAGUGAUGUUGAACAGCCAGAUCACGCGGCAGGGAGCAUUGCAGACAACACAUUGGGAGAACAUGUGUUUAAAAGCUUUAAGAAUCUGGAGAUGGAGCCCUGGACUGACAUACACUAUGUCCAACUACAGACACUCAACAGUGAGAAGCCAAACCGUGUACUGAUUGGCCAAGAGGAGUUGUGCCAGCCUAAGGGCUAUCUGGCCUAUAGCGCCACAGGAAAAGUGAAGGGCAAGGCAGUGUAUGGUAACUAUGGGAGACAGGAGGACUUGAUGCUGCUGCUACGGACUCUGAAGGUUGAGCUGAACGGCACCGUGAUUCUACUGAGAGCUACAGGACAGAUCAGCCUGGCACAGCAGGUGGCUAAUGUAGCCGCAUUGGGAGUAUCUGCUGUGUUGAUUUACCCCGACACUAAAGACUACAAGUUACAAACUACUGAACGAUACGGACAUGUCCAUCUAGGUUCUGGAGACCCCUAUACUCCUGGGUUCCCCUCCUUCAACCACACCCAGUUCCCUCCCACCCAGUCCUCUGGUCUGCCCACUGUACUGGCCCAAAGCAUUACUGCUGCCACUGCUGCCAAGAUACUAACACGUAUAGGUGGGCCUGAGGCUCCUCACAGUUUUAUAGGCGAACUGGACAAUGUGAAGUACACCCUGGGAGGGGCCAGUAGUGAUGAUGUCACAGUGGAGGUGAACAACGUGUUGCAGGACACAGAGAUCCACAACGUCUUUGGAGUCAUCAAGGGCUUCACUGAGCCAGAUCGAUACGUGGUACUGGGGGCUCAGAGGGAUGCGUGGGGUCCAGGCUACGCUAAAGCUACUGUCGGGACCACACUGCUGCUGGAGCUGGCUAGAGCUGUGUCUGAGAUGGUACACACAGAUGGUUUCCGUCCCAGGAGGAGUCUGGUGUUUGCCAGUUGGAGUGCAGGAGAGUACGGCAGUGUUGGAGCUACAGAGUGGCUGGAGGGUUACCUCUCCUCUCUGGACAAAAGAGCUUUCACCUACAUCAGCCUGGACGGCGUAGUCACUGGAAAAGCUGAUGUUAAAGUGUCUGCCAGUCCCCUGCUCUACAGCCUUCUGCAAAGCACCAUGAAAGAGGUGAAGAAUCCCAUUGGUUUUGGAGAGUCUGGGAAGUCUCUGUAUGAUCAGGUGUCUGGAGUCAACUUUGAGAAGGCAGUGUUUGAGCCCAUGCAGAUGGAAGACUCUGCAUAUCCGUUCCUGGCCUUCUCUGGAAUCCCCUCUCUCUCCUUCCGCUUCGUCUCUGAGAAGGCUUACCCUUACUACGGCACCUCUUUUGACAACAAGGAAUACCUUGGUUACGCCACCGCCCAUCAUCUUAGUUCCAUAGCCACUGGGGCGGGAUUGGUCGCAGGUCAGUUGGCGUUACGACUGGUCCACGAUCACGUGCUGCGUCUGGACGUGCAAUACUACAAGACGGUUCUCAGGCAAUGGGUGGUCAAAAUCAACCAGCGCCUCAAACAAGUCACCCGGAAUGGUUCUGCGGAGGGUCUGUCAGCUAAUUGGCUCAUAAAGGCCAUUGGGUCCUACAGUACCGCUGCUGAUGACCUCAACAUUGAACUACUCAACACCGACUUCACUGACACACUGGCCUGCCACAACAUCAACGACCGCAUGAUGAGGGUGGAACACAACCUCCUCUCACAGUUUGUCUCCCCCAAGGAGGUUCCGUUCCGCCACCUGCUGUUUGGCCAUGGUUCCCACACCAUGGCAGCCAUGUUGGAAGGGGAGGACAGGGAGGCACUACGGACCCAGCUGGCCCUGGCCACCUGGACUCUACAGGGCUGUGCCAACGCUCUCUCUGGAGACGUCUGGGACAUCGACAACCAGAUCUAACACGGUCUAACUGUGUGUGAGGGGGUUCAUCCUCGUUCACUUUAAAACCCAGGAUGAGAUGAACAGGUAUUGGUCAGGAGGUAUUAUGUCAUAAGAGACCAGGAAGUACUGUUUCCAAGUUGUUCCUUCCAGUGUCAGUCACUGGGUUGUCACUAUUUAUCACAGCCACAAAGUCAACAUUGUCUAUCGUAAAAAUUCAUGAAAACAAAAAUUUGCUUUUUGGUCUUCAUUUAAGGUUAGAAUUAGGCAUAAUGUUAGCAGUGUGGUUAGGUUCAAAACCAGAUUUUAAGAAGAGAAAUUGUAUAAAUAAUUGGGGUUUAGCCGUAAUUACGACUUUGUGGCUAUGAUAACUAGUGAUGACCCAGUCACUGGACUUCCUGAAGAAUGUUGAGAUUGGUGACAUCACUGUCUGAUCCCUCUUCAUCUCACUCCCCCCCCCACCCCCAAACUUGCUCGCUAACCCCUUGGAGCCUAUUUAUAUUUUAUUUAUCAGUGGCAGAGACCACUAUAAAUGUUUAAGUCGUUUAGUUUUUAUAAAAGUUAUCGGGAGCACUGCCUUCCAGACUUAUGGCAGUUUCAUGUCGUUAGUUUGAGUUAAGAGUUUAUUUAUUUAUCAGUGCCAGUGCUCACUAUAAAUGUUUAAGUCAUUUAGUUUUUAUAAAAGUUAUCGGGAGCUGUGCCUUCCAGACUUAUGACGGGUAGGCGUUUGUUUGGCUUUUGAUAAAGUUAUCGUUUAAUUUGAUAAAGUUAUCGGGAGCAGUGCCUUCCAUACUUAUGACAGUUAUACUGUCUCCUACUACGGCAGCAUCUGCUGAAGCAACAGAGUCAUGUAAACAGACAGUCAAACCACCCAAGGUCCCAAGACAUUUGGUUUAAAUAUUCCCUUUCCCGUUUGCCUUGCAGUUAAAGGGAGAACAGAAUUAUAAUUGAGACCGACACGGAAGCGCUUUGAUACGGAUGAAACAUUCUGAAAAACUGUCCAGCUACAGAUGGUCAGACCUUUUCUGUAUACACGACUCUGUUAACAGAAAUACACCACCUGCUGCUACCACAAUACUAUGGAAACAGAAACCCGCAGCAACGGUAUCACCACAAACGUGGGUACCCGACGGCGGCGGUUGUCAUGACUGUCACAUUUUGAUUGGCUGAGUAAUACAGAGUAUGUUGAAUUUGGCAUGUUAAACAUGUCACCCUAUUAUAUAAAGCCUUAAAUGGCUCUGGUCAAAAGUAGUGAACUGAAUAGGGUGUAAUUUCAGAUGCAACAUGGGCAACAACAAAAAACAGGCUCAAAUCUCGCCUCUGAGCUGAAUUUAUAAAAGGAGCUUUAUAGAGUUUUUUAUAUCCUGAAAUAAUAUAAUUCAGGCAGUGAAAGAGCCAUAUCUGUUAACCAGUCUUAUUUUGCAGCGGUUUAUAUUUCUGAUCUGAACCAUUAUCGGGAGCAGUGUUUUCCAUAAUGACAAGCAUUGAUGGUAGUUUUUGCCUACCAGUGUGUGUGUGUGUGUGUGUGUGUGUGUGUGUGUGUGUGUGUGUGUGUGUGUGUGUGUGUGUGUGUGUAUCGGGGGCAGUGACUCCCAUAUUUCACUGAAGGGUGGAGUAACUUAUCGGGAACAGUGUUUCCCAGAGUUUUAUAACUGUAUUUUUCUUUGUGUUCACAGUCUAGUAUGUAUGUCCUCUUUCUGUGUGUGACCUACUACUGCUCUAUUGUUCCCCUCUGAACUACUUAUAAUGGAUACCUCCUACCGGUGGAGGUUGCUGAGGGGAUGACAGCUCAUAAUAAUGGCUGGAACGGUGCAAAUGGAAUGGCAUCAUACGCAUAGAAACCAUGUGUUUGAUACCAUUCCACUUAUUCUGCUUCAGCCAUUACCACGAGCCCGUCCUCCCCAAUUAAGGUCCCACCAACCUCCUGUGUGUCCUAUGGCAUGUUGCUGUAUUUUCCCUUAGAAAUGCAAUCCCUACAACAGGUAUUCCCAUUCAGGCCAAUAGGAUUCUAUUCCUAUGUAUUUUCCCAUGCAUGAAUUAUCAGACACUGAAACUCCUGUUGUAGCUGUCCGCUAAAUGAUUAUUGUUCUUUUGAUUAUUGAUCACACUGUCAAUCAGGUAACUAGUAACAUUUCUGUUAGACUUGUCAGUGCUAGUCUGAACUUGUACAUGUUCAUCUAACUGUUCUACCACUCACUUGGUGUGUGUUACAAUGCUGUAUGGGACAGUUUAUGGGUGUUUUUAGAGGUUUUGUACUGUUAAUGAUUUCUAUUGUUCUGUUGUGCUUCAAUAAACCUUUUGGCUUAGCGUA